GCGGUGGCGCGCGCGCAGUUCCGUUUGCAUCGUCGCCGCGGCAACACGCACCCGCCGCCCGCCGCGCCAUGAACCGACCGUUGAUCGCACUCUUUGCGCUUGUCGCUCUGACGGCUGUCUCCACAGCCGAUGAACCGCGAGCCGUCGAUUUCAAUCCUUGGUCAUGGCUGUCUAGCGCCAACAGGAAUAGGUCCCCGUCGAUCAUGGAUUAUUUCUUCCCGCCUUCCAGAACCCCUAAACAGUCUCACUUAGACCCGCCGGCCGACCGCCGACCACCUCCAACUUUACAAACCGAGAGCACCCCCGCGCCCACUACCCUCGAAGAACGUUCAACUACUUACGGGAAAAAAAUAUCCACGAAAACCAAAUCCACCGCUCCUACCAUAAAUCCUACCGCUACAUCGCCGCCUAAAACGAAAAAAUCCACCCGAAAGCCUGCUACGACUGUUGAAACAAAAACCACUGCGGUCAAAACCGAAUCGACCCCGCCGGCUACGAAAGAUGCGACCGCGACUACGUACAAGCCGACGAAACAUUAUACUAUCCGACCGGUCGUGCGUACGACUGAAACGCCUACGGUUCAAGAAACGGACACAACGCUUAAUAGCGAUAGCACAGAAACUGUUUCGGUGAUCGACACCCCAGGGACUACCAUCGAAGGGCCUAAAGAAACCGCAUCAACGAUGAGCACGGCUGACGACUCCCGCUCCACAGACACCGGCACCCCCAGCACUGUGAGUUUGGAGUCAACAACACCAACGGAUGGCACCCCGGAGCCGGCCGAUAGCCGCGAGGGCUACCUCCCGCUGCGUGACAAGCCACCGCAGACCCACGUCAAACUCAACGAGCAAACCAAAAAAGAGACGGUGCCGUUGCCGGCCGGGUCGACUUCGGUGCUUGCAAAGCCGACAAAGUACCACUAUUACCCACACAAUCAGCACAUUUAUUUACUGCCUGAAUGCGCUAUUCAACAGGUAUGCAACGCAGUAUAUGUGCGGUUAAACUAUACCCAACCGCUCUGUGCGUGCCCAGCCAGAUACCGAGACCCGUGUUCCGCCAGCCUCAAUGCUGACGACCUGCAUACCACGCGGCUUACCACCGACUCCAAAAAGAAGUAUGCCAACAAAGCGGUGACUCUGGUGAAAACUUGUGAAGCCGUUUCGGAGAUGCGGGAGUGUCGCGCGCCGAAGGAUUGGUCACUACUCGCAUUACAGAACAUCAGAACUGGCAAAUCACAUUAUCUGGUGAUAUGCAGAUGCCCAGAGAACCACAUAUUAGAAGGUCCGAUGUCCCACGACCAGCCUACUUACGCGUCAGUGCCCGGCAUCAGGGUGUAUGGAAUGAUGUGCGUCCGACCGACAACUGCCUAUCAUUCUGUUGGCUACAACGCAAACCGGUACGCGAAUGUACAAAGCAGUACGAGUACAUACAAAGUGGACUAUUCCCAACCGCACACGUACUCCAGUAAGCCGGUUUACAACAGAUACCAACAGCAUACCUAUCCGGAGUCUAAUUACUACAAUAGGAGGUCUCGGGUCGCGAGACUCAGGCGAUCGGUCACGGACUACCCACCAUUCCCCUGGUACAAAGUGAAGGAGCUAGCAAGAUCGUUACAUUGGAUUUAGAAUAAAUUAAAUUUCGAAUUUUUUAAUAAUUUAAAUUUCGAAUUCGUAGAGAAAAAGUUUGUUGGGUCCAAUGAGGCCAGUACGCCUUUCUGGAUCCAACGCAUACUUAAUGUAUCGCCCGAGACGCUUUUCGCUUGAACGUAGUUAAGUAUCGUGUGCUUUUUCCCAUUCUAAACAGGUUUAGUUUGGUGAAAAUCUAUUAGUUGCCUACUAAAUACUCAGUGUACAAGUGCAUUUAAUAGUAUUAUUUAAAACAACUUAUUCUAAUAAAUGAAAUAGUAUGAAAAACGUAUCGGACAAGUCUUUGUUUUGGGGAAGGAAAUUUCGUAAUGGCUGUAAUAUUUAACAUGAGGUGUAAUUUUAUUUGAUUGUGCAGCGAUUCUAUAACUAAUUCUCUACACUAAUAUUUAGUUGUUUUUAUACUUAUUGAACAAUACGCAUUCUUGGUGUAAUGUUAAGACACGAUUUGCCAGAAACAUAGAAUUAACCAUGACUAUAGUUUUAAGUGAUUUCGAAUAAUUGAUGAAAAUGUGUUUUCCCCACCAAUAAGAGGUGAUUAAACUUUAAAAAUAUGAAUUUAUUUAUUAAAAUGUACACAAAAAAGAUGUGAUAAAAGUUUCAGUGGUUUUUGUGUAACUUUUUGAUGCAUUUACUUAAAUAUAUGUUUUAAGCGUUAGUUAAUAAAAUAAUAAUAUUUAUUUCAUUUAUACUUACGUAGUAAAGUUGUAAAUAGUACAUUUAAUAAUUACAAUAUUUGUAAUUAAUGAGAAUAAAUUUAGUGGACUUAUGUUUUUGUUUUU